CAUGAUCAUGGAAUCUUCUGGAAGUCCUCUUCUCCGGCUCUCUGUUCUCUCGCAGUAUUGAAGAACAUCCUCAAUGGAGAACUGAUCAGGAGCGUUCAUGUCUAUCGCUCGAGGAUGGCGACGAAGGGCGUGGAGAGAGAAUUCAUGUUCUCUCCGAAUUGUUAUGCGGAAAUGGUAGCCCAACCACUUCUUAAGUUGUCGAGGCGCCAGUUCUCGGAGCUCUUCCAAGGUUUGGUAAUUGGUCUGUGGCUCUGUAUAUUCGCAUUUGAUACUGAUUGUCCCCCUCCCUUGACCCCCAUUCCUUAUAUUCUCGCAGUCUCAAGAAACUCCAAAUUGACAUCAAUUUCAACAUUGGCUAAUGAUCUUCAAGAGAUUUUCCAGUUGAAGCACCAAAGUGAAAACCAAGAGCCAUCACCGUUUGCACCUAAGAAAAUGUGUGAAGAGAAGAAAGAUAAUAAUCAAUCAACAAGACCCAUGUUUAAUCAAGAUCUUAAUUGUCUCCCUCUUCCUGUUGUUUCACCAGAGUUAACAGAAAACCAGCAAUUGAACCAAGCUGUACCAGAGGUUUUGAAGAAGAAGAGGGCAACAACAGAAGACAUAGCUAGAAUUGCUUUAUCUGAUAUUGUCAAAUACUUCAAUCUUCCGAUAGCAGAAGCUUCAAGAAAUCUGAAGGUUGGAGUUACUGUGCUGAAGAGGAAGUGCAGGGAACUUGGUAUUCCUCGUUGGCCACAUAGGAAGAUUAAAUCUCUUGACACUCUAAUACAUAGCCUCCAGGAAGAAGCAAAGCGGCAGGAACAGGAGAACAAGGUGGCAGCCCUGGCUGUAAGAAAGAGGCAAAAGAUGCUGGAGAGUGAGAAACAAGGCAUAGAGAGGAAACCCUUCAUGGAGAUACAGACCGAGACCAAGAGGUUCAGACAAGAUGUUUUCAAGAGAAGGCACAGAGCUAGAGCUUCUCUUAAUAAAAGCAAAAGCUAAAUCAGUCUCUCCGGCCCAAUUUGAAAGUUGGACCAUCCAUUCAGUUAAUAAUAAGAGAUAACAUUGAUACAGACAGAUAAUCAUACUUAAAAAUAAUCCAUCAAUUAAAAUGAGUACUGAUUCUAGCAUUUUCAUUUUCA